AUGCUGGUCUACAAAAUGUUUUACAUUAUAUUGUUAGCUUUUCAUGCUGCUGCUUCCAGCCACAACAGUGAUUCCACUGCCCAAAGUCCAUCCACCACUGCCUGUGUCAACGCAUGUGCGGAUCUUCGAGAUGAAUUUUCAUCUAGACUACAUCACCCCGGAAAUGGGAAUUUCACUGUCUGGGACGGCAAACAACAAGAGGUUCAGUCGGCAUGCCGCGUAGAGCCAUCUACAGCCGAAGACGUUAGCAAAAUCUUGGCCACACUAGUUUACCACUGGUGUCCAUUUGCGGUCAAAAGUGGAGGCCAUGCUCAGAAUGCCGAUGACUCAGUGUCAGUUGGCGAUGUUACCAUUGACUUGAACUUGAUUAAUCACAUCGAGGUAGCCCAAGAUCAACAGACGGUAGAUGUUGGUAGUGGUAGUACUAUCUUUGAUAUAUACCACAGUCUUGAGGUAUUCAAGCUCUCAGCUAUCGGUGCUCGAGUUGCAGACGUGGGGAUAGGUGGGUUUGCUUUGGGUGGAGGCAUCUCCAAUUUGGCACCCAAAUACGGGUUGGCUGUGGAUAACAUCUUGCAAUAUGAGGUAUGUGUCGAAACGACUGGUGCAGACAAUUGCGUCCCUCGUCCAUUAUACUUUGCUUAUCAAAUACAACAGAUAGUUUUACCAAACGCGACAAUUGUUUGUGUCAAUGAAACCCAGCAUCCGGAUCUCUACUUCGCGCUCCGAGGAGGAAUGAACAACUUCGGCAUUGUAACACGGUUCACAAUGCACACUUUUCAUCAACCCAAAGGGCCGAUAUCGCAGACUGAUAAAAUAUUUAGCCUAACCCAGAAAAAUGCAGUCACCGAUGAAGCCUUCCAACUCACUACCGCCUGGAAGAAUGACACCGAUAUGGCUUUCUACUACUUUUUCUCCUACAAUUCAAUCGCAGAUCACUUCGUCCUCGCUUUCUCGGAGAUAUAUACGCAACCUAUUCUCGAGCCCGCGCCCUUUGCGGGUCUAAGGCAGAUUCCAUACGAGUCGAAAACGGCACAGAUUGAGCGAAUGAGCACGCUUAGUCUGGAGGCUGCUUCUCGCACUCCGUCCGGGAAUCGUAAUCUCUUUGCUACGGUGGCCUAUUACCCCUCUGCGCGCAUGGACCGGCAUAUCAUGGAAAUCAUAGAAGAGGAGAUUGAGCCAGUGAAGAAAAUGGCUGGUUUCUUGUCUAAUGUGAUGUUUCAACCCUUGUUCAAAAACGCUGUUCGGGCGGGCCGAGAGAGAGGCGGGAGCGCCCUUGGGAUUGAAGCCAAGGGCCCUUUAACGGGUGGGCGUCAUUCUUGGUAG